AUGGUUAAGAUUGCACUUAUUGGGGCCGCUGGCCAAAUCGGCACUCCUCUCAGUCUACUAUGCAAAUCGAGUGAUCUCUUCGAUGAGAUAUCCCUAUAUGACCUGGUCCAUGUGCCUGGUAUUGCUACAGAUCUGAUGCAUAUUGAUACCAGAGCCAAAGUUAGUGGAUAUCUUGCCGAGGAUUCUGGUCUCAAGAAGGCGCUUACUGCCGCAGACAUUGUGGCCAUCACAGCUGGUAUUGCUAGAAAGCCUGGCAUGACAAGAGAUGAUCUGUUCAAGACUAACGCCAGUAUUAUUCGUGAUAUUUUCACAGAGGUUGCUGCAACGUGCCCAGGUGCGACAUGCUGUGUCGUUACCAACCCGGUCAACUCGACUCUUCCCAUCGCAGCUGAGACCCUGAAGAAAGUUGGUGUUUUUGAGCCUAGUCGUCUCUUCGGUAUUCCUGUGAUUGGAGGCCACAGCGGAGCCACUAUCCUACCUCUGUAUAGCCAAGCUGAGCCCCCAGUCAAUCUGAGUGAAGAAGUGCUGGCAGGCGUUAUUAAUCGUGUUCAAUUCGGUGGUGAUGAAAUUGUCAAGAGCAAGAAUGGUGCUGGAAGUGCCACUACAUGCAUGGCAUAUGCCGGUUUUCGAUUCGUUAAGGCGAUAUUAGCCGCGAAGAACGGGGAUUCUGUAACGGAAGAGGCUUUUGUUUACCUUCCUGGUAUCCCUGGUGGCAAGGGGAUUGCUGCUGAGAUUGGCGUUGAUUUCUUCGCUGUCAAGAUCGAACUGGGCAAGGUGGGCGCAGUCAAAGCACUACCCAUUGGUAAGAUCUCUGAAAACGAGAGCCAGCUCCUGGGUGUCGCCAUCGAUGAUUUGAAAAAGAAUAUUGCUACGGCAUUGUCAUUCAUGUCAACAUAG